UGGCAACAACUCAAAUAAAGAGGGAAGGAAGUGGGUGGCCAAGAAGAGCGAGUAACAGUUCGUUCGAGGGAAAAGUGGUGGCGAACCAGUCUAGUUAAUGUUUUGACUGCCUCUCCUGUAGAACAACUAUGGCCGGUUAAGAGACGCUAGCAAUUAUAAAUUAUGUUCCUAACACCUUUAAACAUGCAUCUUACAUGGUACGACCAUGAGACGGCUGUUCAUCCUUUCGUUAAGUGACCGCGGAGAUUUUAAGCAAUAACCUUGUAUGCGAAUUUUUUCAUCGAUCGUUUGACAAUCCUAUAAUUUAUCUUUUCACUCUGUCGGUCGUGGCCAACUAUGAUCGUUCCUGUGCGCCUUGAAAUUCUCGUAGCGGCGGAGCAUUUUUCUCGAGGAGUGAAAAGUGCGAUUAUUUGCUUAAAAUUUCUGAAUACUUUAGAAGUACAGAUCAUUUAUUUUGUGCUUGAACCGCGCAAAAUACGAAUCUUUAAUUGAUAGAAAAAAAGAGAGAGAGAACAAGUUUCAUUUUCAUUUGUAAAAUUACAAGAAGUUGUAGCCACCAAUAUGCAAUAUAACACUGGCCUCUUUUAUACAUUGACUGUAUGUUUGCGCGACAAAAACAUGUUUUGUUAUAUUUUUAACAGUCGCAACAUGACUGUUGGUUUGUAAUGCGUAUACAUAUAUAUUAAAAUAGUUGUAUCAUUCCUGUUCAUUGUUUCUAUUUAUAUAUCACAGAUUAUUUUGAUGUUUUGUACAGAAGGAAGAUAUGUAAAAAAGAAAAAUGCAGUCUGAUAUGUUGUACUCUAAGAUUUAGAAGCUGUUGUAGGUAAAACAUCUCAAAUGUUUGUAUUUUUUUUAAAUCGGUGAAUUAGCCUUUCGUGUUUUAUGUAAAUAAGUCUUACAAUAGAACAUAUUUUUGUAUUCACAUCAUCACGAGUGUAUCUGUCUCAGCUAGUUCAUAACUACGUCUAAAUAGGCUGUUAAUUUAAGAGAUUCCCAUGUGCAUAGACAUCGUGAAUGCUUCAAAUAGUUUUUAUUAUGAGAUGAUAAAGUUCAUAGAAAUCUAGCACAUUGCACUCUGAGAUUUGUACCUCUCACAAAAUGCGUUACAAACGACGUUUCAUAAAUGAGACAGGAUUCUGAAGAAUGUAACACGCUCAUGCACUUCCAAACAGAUCAUAAAAUAUCACUUGAUAUUUAUAAGUGAACAUGAUCAAUGUUAUCGAUUGCGUAACAACAAACAUCUCAAUGAAUUAUUCAUAUCUUGAUCAGUCAAUGAUCGUGCAGUGCUUAAAAAUAUCAAAAGCUCACAAUCCAUAAAUCAUAUUGUAUACGUGAUGAUAGAAUGAAUCACGCAAAUAUAGAUACCGAUAUUAAGUGGUACAAUUACAUUUGACAAAGACUUAUAACUAAUGUGAAAUGUAAUGUUAUAAGUAACAGUCCUCUGUAUAUAUUCAUUAUAGUCGACAAUUCUGUACCUUUAUAAUAAUUAACAAUAAGCAAUCACGGGAAAUGUGAUUUUCAUAGAUAAACUUAGUAUACAGAUAGAGGUUUAAUUUGUUACGUUGUACCCUGAACAACACUGUACUUGUAUACGAGCUUUGUAAACCAUACAAGUGUAAAUUUGAUCGAUUGCCAUCCGUUCAUAAUUUUAUAUAUACAUAUAUAUAUACAUAUAUAUAUUUUUUGUUCACUGUAUAUACAUCUUUGGAUAUUAAAAAUGUCGGAUCUAAUUAUUUUUCUAUUGAAAAUCUGUGUAUGUUAUUCCUCUUGCUUGCAUGAGAAAAUUAUAUUUUCGUUCCGUAUAAAGACCGUGGAAGGUUUAACAGGAACAACAUCACAUGCUCAAAACUAUCACAGUGCAUUAUAUCCUUUGACAAACUAUACAUUCGGAACAAAAGAGCCACUCUUCGAGAAAGAUCCGUCUGUACCAGCAAGGUUUCAGCGUAUGCGAGACGAAUUUGAUAAAAUUGGAAUGCGCCGCAGCGUCGAAGGGGUUUUGUUGGUGCACGAACACGGACUGCCACACGUUCUCCUUCUUCAACUGGGAACUACAUUCUUCAAAUUACCUGGUGGAGAACUAAAUACAGGAGAAGACGAGGUAGAGGGCCUAAAACGGCUCCUUACAGAGACGUUUGGGCGCCAGGAGGGAGUUAAACAGGAAUGGGUGAUAGAAGACACCAUUGGAAACUGGUGGAGACCUAACUUUGAACCACCCCAAUAUCCGUACGUACCGCCACACAUCACCAAACCAAAAGAACACAAAAGGUUGUUCCUCGUCCAGUUGCAAGAGAAAGCCCUGUUCGCAGUACCUAAGAAUUAUAAAUUGGUAGCUGCGCCCUUGUUCGAGUUAUAUGACAAUUCACAAGGAUACGGACCCAUUAUUUCUUCCCUACCACAGUCACUUUGCAGAUUUAAUUUUAUCUAUAUGUGAAAAAACGGAUAAGUGAGAAACAGGGAGAAAUUUUAUUUAAGUUAACAGGAGUUACUAUAAAUACAAUGUAUGUAUGAGAUGACGAGUGAAACUGGAAGAAAAAGACUUGUGUUCUAUGUAUAAUACGACGUGCACUGAAAAGAUUAAAUCAUUUUUUUAAGUA